UGCGCGUGCUCUGAUCGCUCUCAUUCAGAAAUCCCAGAGAAAAGCAAAGAAGCCAAGCAAAGGCUUUACUGCAGCAGCAGGGAGCGAAUGUUAAAAACAGGCUUACGUUUAUCUGUUCCACUUUGGUUGGCAUCGUUUGGGAAUAUUUGCGGACUUUUCUUAACAUGUCAGUGGAUCUUGAUUAUCAGUGAUCUGCUGGUCUUUCUGCGACUUCCAGAACUUGUGUGGCUGGCUCUUCCUUCGGAAACCGAUUUUGUGUGUAUUUGUUUUGACACGAAUAUAAACAACUAUGCCUGACCAGAUCACAGUGGCGGAAUUUGUGGCGGAGACUACGGAAGAUUACAAAUCACCCACAGCUUCCAACUUCACCACUAAGAUGGGUCAGUGUAAGACCACGGUGUCAUCACUGGAGGAGGCUCUUGAUGUGGACCGCAGUGUGCUGUACAAAAUGAAGAAAUCUGUUAAAGCCAUUUGCACAUCUGGUCUAGCUCAUGUGGAAAAUGAAGAACAGUAUACUCAGGCACUGGAGAAAUUUGGUAGUAACUGUGUCUGCAGAGAUGACCCAGAUUUAGGCACUGCUUUUCUAAAAUUUUCUGUAUAUACAAAGGAACUGACAGCACUUUUUAAAAACUUGAUCCAGAACAUGAACAACAUUAUCACUUUUCCACUGGAUAGUUUGCUGAAGGGAGAUCUGAAAGGCAUAAAAGGGGAUCUGAAAAAGCCUUUCGAUAAGGCCUGCAAAGACUAUGAAGCCAAAGUCUCAAAAAUAGAAAAAGAGAAAAAGGAACAUGCAAAAGUACAUGGAAUGAUCAGGACAGAAAUAAGUGGUGCUGAAAUUGCUGAAGAAAUGGAGAAAGAAAGGAGGUUUUUUCAGCUACAAAUGUGUGAGUACCUGCUCAAAGUGAAUGAAAUAAAAAUCAAAAAGGGAGUGGACUUGCUUCAGAACCUGAUUAAGUAUUUCCAUGCACAGUGCAAUUUCUUUCAGGAUGGGCUGAAGGCAGUAGAAAAUCUCAAACCCUCAAUAGAAAAACUUGCUACAGAUUUGCACACGAUAAAACAAGCACAAGAUGAAGAAAGAAAACAAUUAGUUCAGCUCAGAGAUGUUUUAAAGUCAGCACUCCAAGUAGAACAAAAAGAGUCUAGGAGAGAUUCUCAGAUACGACAGAGUACGAUGUACAGCCUUCACCAACCUCAGGGAAACAAAGAGCAUGGCACUGAAAAAGAUGGUUUUCUUUACAAAAAGAGUGACGGAAUUCGAAAAGUGUGGCAGAAAAGGAGAUGCUGUGUAAAAAAUGGCUAUCUUACAAUUUCUCAUGGCACACUUAAUAGGCAACCAGCAAAGCUCAAUCUCUUAACCUGUCAAGUGAAGCCAACCACAGAAGACAAAAAAAGUUUUGACCUCAUAUCACAUGACAGAACUUACCACUUUCAAGCUGAAGAUGAACAGGAGUGUAGCAUAUGGAUGUCCAUUUUACAAAAUAGCAAGGAGGAGGCACUGAAUAAUGCAUUCAAAGGCGAUCAGAGUGCUGGCGAAAAUAACAUUGUCUUGGAACUGACAAAAUCUAUUAUAGCAGAGGUGCAGAGAAUGACGGGAAAUGAUGUAUGCUGUGACUGUGGAGCACCAGAACCUACGUGGCUUUCUACCAACCUGGGUAUUUUGACUUGCAUUGAGUGUUCAGGAAUUCAUAGAGAACUUGGAGUACAUUUUUCAAGGAUACAGUCUUUAACACUGGAUGUGCUGGGUACAUCAGAACUCUUGCUGGCAAAGAAUAUUGGAAAUGCUGUCUUUAAUGACAUUAUGGAAGCUUGCCUGCCAACAGAUGAAACAGUCAAACCUUGUCCCAGUAGUGACAUGACAGCACGAAAAGAUUAUAUCACUGCAAAAUACACUGAAAGAAAAUAUGCAAAAAAACGAUGCACUGACCAAGCAACUAAACUGCGCAGCCUGUGUGAAUCCGUUAAGACCAGAGACAUAUUCGGCUUGCUGCAAGCAUAUGCUGAUGGUGUGGAUCUGGGAGAACCAAUUCCCUUGGUCAACGGACAUGAACAAGGAGAAACAGCCCUUCAUCUUGCAGUGAGAUCAGUUGAUCGGACCUCACUUCACAUUGUUGACUUUUUAGUACAAAAUAGUGGAAAUCUUGACAAGCAAACUGUCAAGGGUAGCACAGCUUUGCACUACUGCUGUUUGACCGAUAAUGCUGAAUGCCUGAAGUUACUUCUGAGAGGCAAAGCUUCCAUUGAAGUAGCAAAUGAAGCUGGAGAAACUUCACUUGACAUAGCAAGACGGUUAAAGCAUAUCCAAUGUGAAGAACUGCUUUUGCAGGCAUUAUCUGGAAAGUUCAAUGCCCAUGUACAUGUUGAAUAUGAAUGGAGGUUACAUCAUGAAGAUCUUGAUGAAAGUGAUGAGGAAGGGGAAGAAAAGUUGCCGCAGCCUAGCCCAGUCCGUAAGGAGGAAAGGCCUUGCAGCUUCUAUCAGAGCUCUUAUCCACCAGGCACAAAUCAGUUACUACCUAGCGUAGCAGCCUUAGCAAGAGAUGUUGCAAGUGUUGCCAAGGACAAACAGCGUUCAUAUAUACCCAGUGUGCUGCAGAAUGAAACGUACGGUGCAGUUCUGAGCUCUAGUCCCCCACCACCUCCACCUUCUAUACCUGUACCUCUGCCUCCAACAACAACUGCACCUCCUCUUCCCCCAAGGAAUAUUAGCAAAGCUCAGCCUUCUGUAUCCGGCAGUGGUGUGCAGGCACCUUCCACUACAUGGAAAAAUAGCUCCAUAAUGGAUAAUGGUAGCAGGCAGAGGUCGUCUUCUGACCCCCCAGCUGUACAACCACCUCCCCCUCCUCCGCCUCCUCCUCCACCUCAGCGGGUUACAUCAACAGUUCCAAGUUCUGCUCCACCCCCAGUACCGCCACCACCACCUCCAGCAGUAACUAAGUCAAGUAUUGGGGUUAAUCCAUCUAAGCAGGCAUCACCUCAAGCUCCAUCCGCUGCGUCACAGUCCAAACCUGCACCCCUUCUGCCUCCACAACCCCAAAGUCGACUUCCACAGCAAAAGCCUGCUCCUAGGACUGAGAAACCACACCCAUCUGUGUUUGGUAAGGGACAACCUUCAGGACAAAGCUCUCUUCAAACAUCAGAACAACCUCCUAAGUCGGAUGGUGCUUCAGGACAAAAUUCAGUCGGCCUGGCCCAGGGCCCAGCUCCAUUGCCAAGGAAGCCACAAACACUGCCAAAACAGAAGCCCAAAAGAGUGAAAGCACUUUAUAAGUGUGAGGCAGACAACCCAGACGAGCUGUCGUUUGUAGAGGGUGAGAUCAUUAUAGUAGAUGGAGAGGAAGAUCAAGAGUGGUGGAUCGGACAUAUUGAAGGGGAGCCAAGUCGUAGAGGAGCCUUUCCUGUGCCUUUUGUGCAUUUCAUCUCAGAGUGACCUGUGAAGUAACAUCAUAAAGCCUGGAGACUGGAAACAACCUCUGUAACUACAAGUGGAAUCUAAAUAGCUACAUCGAACAGAGGGAGCAAGAAGCUCAAAAGCAAUUGGAUGGUUUGACGACUUCUGUGGGUUUGAUACUCAGACAUUCCACAACACGAGCACUUGAAGCAGCCAAGAACAAUGCAAUAUUUGCGGUUAAACACAUUUUCUUUUACCAUAUUCAAAAUGUGGAUAUGUUACUUUGAGUUGCUGUUCAGUGUAAUUUUAAAUAAUGUGAACAAAGAUGUAGUCAUCCUAUUAAAAGGACCAUUAUAUUUGCUUUCUUUCUUAUAAAAGAGAUAGGAAAGAAAUGUAACGUAAAUCUCUGCAUUAAAUAUUGUAUUAUUUUUGUAAUUAGUAUUAAGUUCCAACCUGGCAAGCCUAUGUUUAGUGUAGAACAGAAACCAUUUCAUGUCCUAGAAGCUAGUUUGGAUAUUGCACAUGUUGCAUUUCAUGACAUUCUGUCUCUCUCAUGAACCUGUGACAUAGGAGACUUCAGUAUUGCAAUAACUAAUGUUUAAAGGAAAAAAAUAGAAGCUGCAUUAUCCUGAAUUAAGUUGAAAUACUGAGCAUGAAGGAUUGCAGGUUAUAGCCAAGGGAUUAAAAUGUACAUUAAGCAGGAGUUUUACGAAUUAAGAUUAAUGUUACAGGCUUAGUACUUGGGAACAACAAGCGUGUAUGGUGCGGGUAUACUGAUGUUUAUUUUUUUCAAACUGGAAGAUGUCUAUAUGUAUAUAAAACUAUUGGGAAUUUUAAGAGUUAUUACUUUGUAAAUUAUAAAAGUGUAAGGAUAAUAAAACAGAACACUCGUCUGCUUUUAAAACAUG